GGAGCGGCGGGGCCGGCGCUCCCCGCCGGGGCUCCCCAUGUGGCUGCAGCAGCGCCUCAAGGGGCUGCCGGGGCUGCUGUCCAGCAGCUGGGCGCGGCGCCUGCUGCUGCUGGUGGUGGUGCUGCUGGUCGCCUACUGGUACCUGCUGGCGGGGCGGGCGCGGGGCUCGGGGCGCGGGGCCGAGCCGAGCGGGGCGGCCGCGCUGUGCCUGCAGGCGGCCGCGGGCGCCUGGCGGGCGCAGACCCAGCGCGGGGAUGCGCUGCCGCUGCCCGAGGACGCGCUGGAUGUGACCGCGGGGCGGCUGUGGGUGAGGCCGGCGGGGGCCCCGGCGGGCCCCGCGCUCGCCACCGAGUACCCGGCGCUGGUGCGGCUGCGGGCGCUGGGCGGGCGCGGCGAGGCGCGGGCGGCGCUGGCGGCGCUGCGGGACGGGGCGGUGCGGGCGGUGCGGUGCGUUCACACCGGGCCCGGCGCGGGGCCCGGGGACUGCGUGACGGUGCGGGAGGACGUGGUGGUCCACCGGGGCCGCCCGCACCUCUACCUGCAGCGCCUCCGCAUCGCCAACCCCACGGACAGAGUGGUCGCCUUUGAGGCCUCCUCGCCCCCGGCGCCCGGCGGGCGGUUCUCCAGCAGCCUGGAGAAGGCGGGGGAGCGGCAGUUCGUGCUCUCCUCGGGCCGCCUGGCGCUGCCCGGCGGCAACAAGGCGGUGCUGGUGGUGGUGGCGGCCCAGAAGCUCGUGAGCCGCCUGCAGGUCGCGCCCAAGUCGCACUUCGACGAGACGGUGCUGUCGGUGGUGCACACCUCGGAGCCCACCGAGCCCGCCCGGCUGGAGGAGACCCUCGGCAGGCUGAGGGAGGCGGCCAGGAAAGAGAUGAUGGAGGUGAUGCAGAUGGGGGUGGAAGAUCUUUUCCAGGAGCACCAGCAGACCUGGUCUGACCUGUUCAUUUCAGGGAUUGAAAUGAGGAAGAUCACGGAUGCUCACACCCCAUCCAGUGAGACUGUCAACAUGACCCUGUACUACGUGCUGUCCACCAUGCCAGCCCCCCUGCUGGACCCCCUGAUCAGUGCUGAGGACAGGGAGAGGAUGGAGGGCAGCCUGAACUAUGCUGACCACUGCUUCAGCGGCCACGCCACCAUGCACGCCCAGAACCUGUGGCCAGCCAGGCUCACCAGCAUCCCCCAGAUCCUGCAGCUCUCAGACCUGUGGAAGCUGACCCUCCAGAAACGGGGCUGCAAGGGCCUGGUGGCAGCUGGAGUGCACGGGCUCAUGCAGGGCAUGGUGCUGAGCUUUGGGGGGCUGCAGUUCACAGAGAACCAUCUCCAGUUCCAGGCUGACCCUGAUGUGCUUCACAACAGCUACUCCUUACGUGGGAUCCAUUACAACAAGGACUUGAUCAACCUGGCUGUGUUGCUGGAUGCCGAAGGGAAGCCCUUCCUGCACGUGUCAGUGAAGCUGCAGGAGAAGCCAGUGAGGCUGUAUGCCUGUGAGGCAGGCUGCAUGAACGAGCCCGUGGAGCUCACCUCGGAGGCACGGGGUCACACCUUCCCCGUCAUGGUCACCCAGCCCAUCACACCCCUGCUUUAUAUAUCCACAGACCUGGUCCACCUGCAGGACCUGAGACACACACUCCACCUAAAAGCUAUCCUGGCUCAUGAGGAGCACAUGGCCAAGCAAUACCCGGGCUUGCCCUUCCUGUUCUGGUUCAGUGUGGCCUCCUUAAUCACUUUGUUUCACUUGUUUCUGUUCAAACUCAUCUACAACGAAUAUUGUGGGCCUGGAGCCAAGCCACUCUUCAGGAGUAAGGUGACUGUCCCUGACUCUGCUCACUGAACUGCCCAGAAGCGUCACAGCCACAGCCCAGGGCUGAGCCAACACCCCGGCCCGGACACUGCAGAGCCCUGAGCCACAGCAAACUCUGCUGCCUCGUCUUGGGUGGACCUACUGAACAGAAAGGUGAUGCAGAACUUGAUUCCAGAACCAGGGCAGAAGUGGGAGCCAGCUGAAGCUCAGAACCUCUGUGGCAGUGAGAUGGAUGGUGUUGGAAUAACUCCCUGUUCCAUGAGCUGAAUGGGAACAUCCCCGUGUCCAAGUGAACUUAGUCCUGCUUUCAGCCUCUGUUUGCACAAGACAUCUGACAAUUUUGCAGCUGAGAACAAGGACCUUUUGAAAGCAACAAUCUUUUUGUGCCUUGCUAUGACAGGAAUCUGAGACUUGGAAGGUGUGGUGAUUGAAGAGUUUAUGCCAGAAGUUCAUGUAACAGAUGUUUCCUUUUCCUUGUAAGCUGUUCAGUUCCCUAAGAGUAAUCCAUUUGGUCAACAUACUUGAAGAUAUACUAAGUUCUUUGAUAUUUUGAUUUGUUUUUUGGUUUUUUUUUUUAAUUCUACAGGAGAAUAAUGAUUCCCUUCAGAGAGUUAACUAGAAAACCUUAGUGUAACUUCCUUUCUGGUAUAGAUUUUUUAAUUUAUUGCUUGGGGGGUGGGGGAGGAUGUUGAUAAUUUUGCCUCCACUUCAGUAACAGUCAAUUGAUCUGUAGAUAUCUAAGUGCUGGUAACAGGUUUUUCAGCCUUUAUGACUGUAGUGCAAAAUCAAUUUGCUGAAAUUGUUUUCUGGAUUUACACUUGGAAAUGCUGAUCUGCAGGUUUCCUACUCUAAGCCUACUGAGACUUUAUGCAUUGAUUUGUUUUGGCUAUGGGGAGGGGAAGACAUCCCACUUUCUGGUGAUUUAAAGGUUGUUUGGUUUUAAAAUACCAAAGCUGUUGUUUCUAAAUAAAUAUCUUUCAGUCUAAUCUGA